AUGGACAACGAAGAAGAAAGAGAAGGAAACUGGGAAGUGGAAGAGUUGUCUGGAUCUGCCACAACAGCAGCAGGAGUGACAAGGAACAGCGUUCCAAAGCUUACCGCGAUUUGUGUCCGUUGCGUUGCCAGUUUGAUCAUAUCAUCUGAUCAUCAUGGGAACCUGCAUGGUUUGUGUAUACUCCCGUCUGAAUUGAAGCAGGACAUCUUUGAGCUGGUGGUUGCAACAAAGCAUCUCAAUGACGUCCUAGCCAGUGUCCUGUGGAGUGAGGAGUGGGUAUUUCGGCGUGCUGCCCUGUCGUUGGCAGGGAAUUACCACCUUUCUGCCACCCGCCUCACACAGUUGCUGCAUGGAGACUGCCCAAACCUUAGAAGCAUCAGUUUCGCGGAUGUGGUGACGUUGACAGACGAGGUGCUGGAGCAGCUGGUUGGCACUUGUUGCAAUCUCACGAAUUUGGACAUUAGUCUGUGCUGCUGGGUGACUGAUAGAGGCCUCCAGACACUGACAGCGCUAAAGAACCUCCAAAGCCUCAACAUCCAGGGCUGCUGGAAAGUUACAUCUGUGCUGCAUCUGACAUCGUGCAAUGAUCUGAGGACACUGAAUGUUUCAGAAUGCUGGCAGCUGACUCCAGCUGGGGUUGGUAUGUACUUGUCAGCUGCUGGGAAGCUUGAAGUGCUGGACAUUGGUGGUUGUCGAUUUCUGGACAACACCGCAUUGCUUGGCUAUGGGACGGCAUCUGAACGAAUAAACAGCUUGGUCCUUCGAGGGACACGCGUAACUGAUGCACUGCUUGGGAAGCUCAGCAGCCUGUGCCCAAACCUGCAUCACAUCGACUUGAGGGGGUGCAUGCAUGUCAGCGGCACAGGGGUGGCGGUGUUGCUCCAGUCAUUUGGAGGUGCAAGAGAUGGCAAAACCCAUCCCCAAGGAAGAAGCGGGGGUCUGCGGACGCUCAAAGUUGCUGGCAUUACAGACCUGUGGGGUGCAAUUUGUCAAACGUGCCUGCCACAGGGUUACAACAGGCAUACAGAGGCCCAAGAUGUGGCAAACGUGCAUGCUGCUUGGGCUGAGAACCUCACAUGCUUGGAUGUGUCGUACUGCUCAGAUGUUUCUGACACAGCACUGCAUUGGCUGGCUGUGCACUGUCCACGCUUGCAGAGGCUGAUGGCAGUGGGUUUACUGAUUUCUGACGAAGGAGUUGGACAUCUGACAUGCUUGAGGAAUCUUCGUUACCUCAACUUGGGCAGAUCCCAGCUAGCAAGAAACAGAGUCAGAAAGCGCAGGAGGGUGCCCUUAAGUGAUGACUCCAUGGCUGCCGUUUGCAAGUCUUUGUGUAUGCAUAACAGCUCAGAUUGCUUACGUGAUGGUUGUCCCAUGGAGGAAGGUGUGAGUGACAACAAGACACCAUGCGCAGGCUUGGCUGUGCUGGGAGUCUCAGGCACUGCCAUCACAGACAGGACCCUAAAACACAUGAGUGGGAUUGUGUCUCUCAAUCUCCAUCACUGCGUUCACGUGACAUCGACAGGCAUACUUCAACUGCUUCUGAACUGCCCCAACUUGGGGAAGUUGAAUGUUUCUGGCUGUACUGCCUUGGAUCCAACGGAACUGGGUGCAACAGCAGCAUGCAGGCAGCCACAUCGAGGAAGUUACACAUCGCAGGUUCUGCCUUCAUCUUCCAAAAUGCCAAAGGCUGGCACAGGUCCACUAGGCAGCAGCCUUGAUGCCAUUGAAAACCUUGUCAGGGCCCUGAAGCAGUGCCCUGCUCGAUGCGCACGUCUUAUACAUGUUACAAUCCCAGGGUGCAUUUCUGUUCCAGAAGUUCUGUUGCUCCUCACAGGCCUCGUUCGUGCCCCAACGCUAGAUUUUGGGCUCCCUUGUGGAGUGCUGUCUAGGCUGGAACACCUGGAGGUCACAAAUGCUGGCAAAAUAGAUGACGCACUGCUGAUAUUCAUAGUGGAUGGAUGCCCAUUGCUUCGAGAUCUGCUGCUAUUUUGUGCGACGGUUGUAUCAGAUGUUGGGCUCAGCCAUGCUGUGGCCAAGCUGCCAUUCCUGCAGAGGCUGACAUUAACAAAGGCAAAGGAAGUGACAGAUCGAGGUGUGGCAGAUCUAACAAAGCUUGCUUGCUUGCAGUCAUUAGAUCUGUCCGAAUGUAGAAAGGUGAGACCCCCACUGUCAGUGGUUUACACUGCUGCAUGCCUCAUUUGCCUGUUUGUCUCUCCACGUAAGUGUAGGGACUCAAGAUAUAAUCGUCUUGUGGUGGUAAAGUUUCAAAGAGAAAUUGUAUGGAUCUUGACCCUGAAAUGA